ACUACCCAUCGAUUUCAAGAUUUUUGAAUUUGUCGAUUUCCUUCCUGGUCGAUUUCCGAUAAGUAGUCUCUGCCGGACCUAAUUCGUGUUGAGAUACGCGUGGCAGCACACACUUUAACUAUCCUGUGAAAGAAUCUGACACUUCGAAUCACAAGAUGGGGGUUUUGACGCGACUUCUAACGUUUUUGGAAGUAAGACUUGGUGCUUUUGCAUUUAUCAAAUAUUGAAAAAACAAGAAGAUGUCGCACAGCAGGAACAAUUGAAAUGAAUACAGCCCGUCCCCGCAGAAGCUGAAGCGGCAGCGGCACAUGCAGCGGGCGCCAAAGCUAGUACGGCCGCCGCGGGUGAGAAGGAUGAUGAAAAAAGUGAUGAUGGGACGUUGACGCCGCGCGCUCUUCUUUUUGAGGACGACCCCAAAGAUAAGGCGAUUGAGUUAGAUGACAAUAUACUCGCCGAUGCACCCGCAAACUCUAACGCAAAACUCUUUGGAGAAGCGAGGCAGAUCUGUAACGCAAUGGGGAAGUUGGAACAAAAGGGGCGUAAGGAGGUGGUUAUCCAUGACAAGUGAACAUAGUGAUAGUUUUCAACCUUCUUUUUCUCGUUUCAUUUUGGCUUGUGCUAGGCUCCUUCAUGUAUGUUGAUGUAUCGAUACUAAGUACCCGGAAGAACAUGACUUUUGUUGGUGUUGGUAAGGAGCAGUACCGCCUACCAUCGACCGCCGACAAGAAACUACAGCAGCCGCAGCAGCAGGCCGAAAGUAAAUUUGAGGAAGACGAUGAGGGUCUCCUUGAUGAGAACGAAGCGCAAGUAAGUCAUGAGGAACAGAUCAAGAACAAUCAAAAGCUCCUCAAAACAAAAUUUCAAAAAAAAAUUUUCAAAAACUCUGAAGCAGCUGCAAAUGCUUCGAGAGCUCACUAAAGUAUGAGCUGACCAUCGGAAAUAUAUAGAUUAUAUUUCAGAUGAAGUAUAUACAUCCGGACACUUAUCCUGAUUCAAGAGGUAUAUCUAAUCUGUGGAAAUAUCAUA